CCCAGAAUCUCUCUAAACUUUUCUUUAAGGAAAAAAUAAAAUAAAACAAGAAAAAAGAAGAAAAAAAUCGAAGAAAAUGUCAGAUAAUCCUCCUCUAUUUGGAUCGCAACAAGCCUCCCCUCACGGGAGAGAAGGGCAGAUGGCUUCGCUGGAGCAGCUGGUUCUCGAUUUGUGCGAUCGUGAUCUCAGAGAAAACGCCCUUCUCGAACUCUUGAAGAUCGCAUAUUCAUUAUGUCGCCGCGUAGAGCUCGAGGAAAGGGAAUCCGACCGACUGUUCAGAGCUCCGAGGAGGCUGCGCCUGCUGCACCCUCACGUGGGGAAAAGGGUGAUAUUUCAAGAUUUAGCUCCACUAUUGUGGCACUCCUGUGGAACCAUCGCUGCACUCCUACAGGAGAUAGUUUCCAUAUACCCUUUUCUUUCACCACCAAAUCUUUCUCCAAGUCAAUCCAACCGAGUUUGCAAUGUGCUUGCUCUUCUUCAGUGUGUAGCUUCACACCCAGACACAAGGAUUCUGUUCCUCAAUGCACAUAUGCCAUUGUACCUGUAUCCAUUUCUGAAUGCUACUAGUAAGACAAAACCAUUUGAAUAUUUGAGGCUUACCAGCUUGGGAGUUAUAGGGGCUCUUGUAAAGGUUGGUGAUACUGAGGUUAUUGGUUUCCUUCUCCAAACAGAAAUUAUACCUCUCUGUCUGCGCACUAUGGAAAACGGUAGUGCAUUAUCAAAAACAGUGGCGACUUUCAUCGUUCAAAAUGUUUUACUGGAUGAUAUUGGGCUCCGUUAUAUUUGUGCUACAGCAGAGCGUUUCUUCGCGGUAAUUCAAGUAUUAUCGACAAUGAUCGAAUCGCUUUCUGAACAACCCUCUAUGAGGCUUCUAAAAUAUAUAAUUCGCUGUUGUUUGAGGUUAUCUGAUAAUCCAAGGGCAUGUGAAGCUCUGCAGGAUCAUCUUCCAAAGUUGUUGACGGAUAGAACUUUUGACCGCUGUCUCCGUGAAGACCCUUUAACCUGUAGAUGGCUUCAGCAACUUCUAUUGAAUGUUUACGGAGAACUCGGAGCUCAGCAGCUGCAUUAAUCCAAGGAGGUCUUGAACAGAUAAUGGCAAACCCUAGCUAGGGUUUUAAGCUCCGUUUACAUUUUUUUAAAAAAAAGAAGAAAAAAGAAAAAGAAAAUAAGGGCGUCAGGUUCGGCAUAUGCAAUAUUGAGACAACAGGCAUCUGUGAUUUUUUUUUUUUCGUCGUCAAUGAAUAUAAUGCUUGUUUUCUUUA